AUGGCACCGUCGUCAGAUGCAAGCCAUGCGUCUGUGACGCUGGACUCCUUAUACUAUGCUGCUUUGCAGCAUAGCCCUAGUCCUGCACUCAUCCUGUCCGGAGGCACCAAGCAGAUCGAGUUCUGUAAUCAUUCUAUGGAAAGACUUUUCCAUGCCGUUCGCACAAAUUCAGACAAGGAGUCGAACCCCUUCUCCCAAGUGCCUCUGGUCACUUCGGACAUGGCAAAGGGAUACAGCCUUUCGGAAAUGGGUGUUGGCUUGAUACAUGAGGGCUCAGCCGUCUUUAUUGAGUUCAGCUGGACAAGAUUGUUAGAUGCACUUCGUCCCAUGACCAGAAACAAAUUGUUUCCCCAAGAGAAUCUACCGGAGAAGGACCAGGCAACAAUAAAGAACGACCAUAGAAUCCUACUCGAGGAAGCUAAUAAUGACCGAGGGGUAGAACGGAUUAAAGAUGCUUCAGUAGACGUUGUGUUUUCUCUCCCCCAAGUCAAGUUCGAGUUUGGAUCGGAUAAAAGCGACUCUCACUUCCUCCAUGGCAGCCCUAUAUAUACGGCAGCAAAUUCGCCUUCCGGGAAUGCUCGCUUCGAAGGCAAAUGCAUCAUUACUUCCUUUGACAACGACGCCCGAUUCUAUUAUCUCCUUACUUUUGUCAACGUCGGACCCGUCGACUACACAACGUCUGAAUUAGUGGCUCAUCGAUCUUCAAAAUUGCCGGCAUCAUCCGGGGCAUGGAUUAAGCGAAACAAUCUUGAGAACGACUGUUCCGGACUUAUAGAUCUUAACAUUGACCUUCUUUCGCUGCAAAUCGGUCCCUCUAGCGAUACCCAAUUGACUGUCCUUCAAAAAAUGGCAAUAAUGAAAAACGCAGUGUUAGAUACCAUGGCAGUCCCAGUGUUUGCAACAUGGUUGGAUGGGUCAUGUACGUUCGCCAACAAAACAGGCAUCUUUUGGGCAGCUGUUGAUAUACCGGCAUCCGGAGACAUGGGUUUUAUGGACCAUCACUGGACUUCGAAGUUUAAGGUAUAUGAUGCAGAAUUUAAGGCAGAGCUUGAACUUGAACAAUAUCCUCUUGUGUCUAACAUUGCAUUCCGCCAAACUCAGGUUGGCCUGAUAAACAAAUACGGAAAUCGUAAAGUUUUCGAUGCCGCUGGCGAAGGCAUUCUCGACGAUAAUGGGAAUUGGGUUGCCGGCCUUAUAUGGCUAAGGGAUGUUACACAAAUGCAAGAGGAGUUCGAAGACAAAUUUGCAAAACAAGCAAAGGAGAACGCCAGACGUGCGAAUCCCCUGAAUACUAAAACCCUUCGCAAAGUUUAUUCUCUAACUUUCAGGCCAGUUGUUGCAAAGGAGGGAUCUGCAAAAGAGGCGAGCCGUCUAAAAUCACAGUUCUUGGCUAAUAUGAGCCAUGAAAUACGAACCCCAAUCGCUGGCGUCUUGGGCAUGAGCGAGAUCCUCCUCGAUACGGAACUGACCGAAGAACAGCAAGAGUAUGCUGAGAAUAUACAACGCUCCGCAAACGCUCUCCUCACCGUGAUCAAUGACAUCCUUGACUUCUCAAAAGUCGAAUCUGGCCGGCUCGAUAUUGAAGAGGUCCAGUUUUCCCUGGCCCUUGUGUUGUCAGAUGUCAUUAGGAUGAUGGGGAUCCACGCCGAGAAAAAGCGGCUUCACUUCAUUACUGAUAUCGCAGAUGAUAUCAAAUAUGAUAUCCAGGUUCUCGGAGACCCCGGAAGGAUCCGACAGAUACUCACCAACCUUCUUAGCAAUAGCAUCAAGUUUACACUUGACGGCCAUGUCCGAUUAAACGUCGAGGUUGAGAAGGAAUUAAUCGUGGAUACAAUGACCAACGGCCCAGUACCGAAGCUAGCAAAAGGCGCCGAGAAGUAUGUUGUAGUGAAGUUUGAGGUUGAAGAUACGGGGAUCGGGAUCAAGGAUGAUGUUAUGAAGCUUUUGUUCACCCCGUUCGGUCAGGCAGACUCUUCGACAGCCAGAAAAUUUGGCGGGUCCGGGCUAGGGCUUGCAAUAUCGAAGAACUUGGUUGAUCUUAUGGGUGGUAUCAUCGAACUUAAAAGCGGUAUGGGAAGCAUGGUUCACCCUAUCUACCUCAAAUUGCCACUGACACUGUUUGGCGAAUUAAUAGUAUAUCAAAAGGGAACAACAGCUUCAGUUAAAAUACCUUUCCGGUACCCAUUCGCUCGGUCUCCAAGGUCAUCCACAGGCGAGGGUUUACAACUACCGGAUCUUGAUAGCGUGCCUGAAAGAUUACAGAAUGAUACUAGUCUCUCUGUACGGAGUGUGAGCGAAGCAAGCGCAAGCCCUAGUCUUAAUCCGUUAGGGAAUGGCGAUCUAGUCACACCCCCAGUAUCGCCAUUACUUCGUGAGACUUCACGACCAGAAACUCGAUCCGACCCUGCAGUUCGAGGGUCAUCUUUGAGCGAACCGUAUUUCCGGAGUCGAUCUCGUUCCACCACAUCGUCCAUUUCGAUACCACCGUAUCUUCAUUCAACUUUAGACCCUAAAAUUAUCCUCCCAAUGGAAAGGAGAAUAAAGCUACACAUACUAAUUGUGGAGGACAACUUAAUCAAUCAACAAAUUGCUACUAAACUCGUCAAAAAGCUCGGCUUUACUGCAUCUGCGGUAUCUAACGGCCAGGAAGCGCUAGAUUACCUCAUCGAGGCGAACCUCCAGUUCCCCAAAGAUGCUGCUAUCAACAUACCGGCACGAAGAUCGCGGGCAACAUACGCUGCUUCCAUCCAACUCCAGGUCCAACAAAGACUGGAGCAAGAGGAUAAUAUGACUCCGCCCUUAAAACUAGAGGAAGCGCGAAACAAUCGAACAGAUCCCACCGUGAACGGGAAAAUGUUUCCCGAUCUCAUUCUUAUGGACUGUCAUAUGCCCGUGCUAGAUGGGUACUCGGCCACCAGAGCUCUCCGACUGCUUCCAGAGCCGCUAAGAAACGUACCUAUAAUUGCGAUGACUGCUAGUGCGAUCAAAGGAGACAGGGAGAAAUGCAGAGAGGCUGGAAUGAGUGACUACCUGAGUAAACCGGUCGUCACAGCCAAUCUUGAAAGAAUGCUGGUAAAAUGGUUAAGUUACAAUGGAGAUGAUAAUUACCUGAGUAUUAGAAUGACCGGGCAGACGCCGCCUCGGGAAAAUGCAAAACGGCCAACGAACAUCAAUUUAUCUGAUAUUGAGGGGUUCGAUCCUGGUAAACAUCGGGUAUACUAG